GUGGAAAGCGACAUCAUGGUCAAAGAUAAAAAGGACAGAGACAGCUGGGGAUCAUUUGUGGAUAAACAUGUAUUUGAAUGGAGUUCUGAUGAAGAGGAGCCGGACGGUAAGGCUCGACCCGUGCAGGUGCUGCUGGUGAAGGAUGAUCACACAUUUGAGCUGAAUGAGGCGGCAUUAAGUCGUAUUCUGCUCGCCAAAGAUCUCCGAGACAGAGAGAUAGUGGCCGUUUCUGUGGCCGGAGCUUUCCGCAAAGGCAAGUCUUUCUUGAUGGACUUCAUGCUGCGCUACAUGUACAACCAGGCAUCUGAGGAAUGGCUGGGGGAUUCAGAUGAGCCUUUGACAGGGUUCACUUGGAGAGGAGGGUCUGAAAGAGAAACCACUGGCAUCCAGAUCUGGAGUGAAGUCUUCCUGGUGGACAAACCAGAUGGAAACAAGGUUGCAGUGCUACUAAUGGACACACAGGGAACAUUUGACAGCCAGUCAACACUGAGAGACUCAGCUACUGUAUUCGCCCUGAGUACCAUGAUCAGCUCCAUGCAGGUGUAUAACAUAUCUCAGAAUGUUCAGGAGGACGACUUGCAGCACUUGCAGCUUUUUACAGAAUAUGGCAGACUGGCAAUGGAGGAAACAUGCCUCAAGCCAUUCCAGUCUAUGAUUUUCCUGGUGCGAGACUGGAGUUUUCCAUAUGAAUUUCCCUACGGACAAGAGGGAGGGAUGAAGUUUUUGGAAAAACGACUAAAGAUCUCAGAGAACCAGCAUGAGGAGUUGCAAAAUGUGAGAAAGCACAUUCACUCCUGCUUCACCAACAUCUCCUGCUUCCUCAUGCCCCAUCCCGGCCUUAAGGUUGCCACCAACCCCCACUUCGAUGGCAGACUCAAAGAGAUCGAUCCAGAAUUCAUUGGUAACCUGAAGGUGCUGGUGCCGUGGUUACUCAGCCCCCAAAACUUAGAUGUGAAAGAAAUCAACGGCAGCAAAAUUACCUGCAGAGGCCUACUGGAAUAUUUUAAGGCAUAUAUAAAGAUUUACCAGGGAGAAGAGCUGCCACACCCAAAAUCCAUGCUACAGGCCACGGCAGAAGCGAAUAACCUGGCGGCUGUAGCUGCAGCUAAAGACCUGUACAACAGAAAGAUGGAGGAGGUAAGUGGAGGUGACAGGCCGUUCCUGGCCCCGAGCGAGCUGCAGGCUCGUCACGCGGAGAUCCGUAACGAAGCGCUGGCUGUGUUCCGCGGUGUGAAGAAGAUGGGCGGCGAGGAGUUCAGUCGCCGUUACCUGCAGCAGCUGGAGACUGAGAUCAACGAGCUCUUCGUGCAGUACAUCAAGCACAACGACUCCAAGAACAUCUUCCACGCGGCACGGACGCCCGCCACGCUCUUCGUGGUCAUCUUCGUCAUGUACGUGGCAGCAGGUAUCACUGGCUUUGUGGGCGUGGACGUGAUCGCCAGCGUGUGCAACAUGGUGCUGGGCUUUUCGCUCAUCACACUGUGCACCUGGGCCUACAUCCGUUACUCUGGCGAGUAUCGAGAGCUCGGUGCCCUCAUAGACCAGGUGGCAGGAGCGCUGUGGGAUCAGGGAAGCACCAAUGAGGCUCUGUAUAAGCUGUACAAUGUGGCUGCCCAUCACAAGCAGCUGUAUAAUCACGCCUUCCCAAAACACCAGCCUGAGCAACAACCCGAACAGGACAAGAAGACAAACUGACCAUACACACACUUGUACGCAUGAACACACACAGAUACAAACCCCCAAACAUACACCCACUCACUUUCGGAGAUGUGUCAGCCAUAGCCAGAGCUUUUUAAAUCAUACCAGUAACAUCCUGUAACUACAGAGUUCAAGAAUGUACAAUGUUCAGCUUGUUACUGUAUAAGAAACAGAGGUCUGAUGUAGUAAUCAUGGCAUGGUGUGGCACUCAUAGCAAUCCAGAGGUGAGGAUUGAAUACUCAGGCUGACUAAUCAUAGCUGAAGUCCUGUGUGUGUGUGAAUAGUCUCAUCUAGUGUUUACUGUUCUGUUUAAGUUUUAUAAACAUGUACAACAUGGUCUAGAUGUCUUGGUUCAGACUGGGCGAUGAAAUGUAGCAAGGGUGUACAUUUUUAGGAAUUUUCCGUGACUGGAUUGGGAAGUUUUAGAGACUGCUGUGU